GUAUUAUAGUGUAGUUUAAAAAUCAGAUUUUCUAGGGUUUCAUCAAUGGAAAGAUGGAAGAUUGCAUAUUGUGCUGAAGAUAGGGUUUUUCUAAGAUUUCGUCAAUGGAAGAUGGGCGUUGGGUUUUUCUAGGAUUUCGAUUGAUGUAAGGCUGUAGAGUUGCAGAGCUAGGAUUUUUAGGGAGCCAUGGGGUCUCUGCUCAGAGCAGCUCCAUUUUCCCCUGCACUUCUCCCUGAACACCCCAAACUAGACCCUAAUGGUUACCAAAGGUUAAGAUUGAGACUCAAUACCAGCAAUCGAAACCAAAUUAGGUGCAGGGUUGCUUCUUCGGGAAUUACAACACCACCACCCAGAUUACCGUUGGUUGGGUUUCAGGGCUUCACUGGCUUUCCCCAUAAGAAAAGCUCCAUUGUCUGCAGUUAUUCUGCAGAAGCAUCAGUCCCUGCCAUUAACAAGGGUGUGUUUUUGGGGGUUGAGAUUAAUACUCUGAAGAAGGUCAUUCCACUUGGUUUGAUGUUCUUCUGUAUACUCUUCAAUUACACAAUUCUCAGAGAUACAAAGGAUGUAUUGGUUGUUACAGCAAAGGGGAGCAGUGCGGAGAUAAUUCCAUUUCUAAAGACUUGGGUUAAUCUCCCUAUGGCAAUUGGGUUCAUGUUGAUUUAUACUAAGCUUUCCAAUGUGCUAUCAAAGGAGGCUCUUUUCUACUCAUGUAUAAUGCCCUUUAUUGCUUUUUUUGGGGUAUUUGCCUUUGUUCUAUAUCCACUCAGCAGUGUGAUACACCCAACUGCUUUUGCUGAUAGGAUUUUGCAAAUCCUGGGUCCGAGUUUUCUUGGGCCAAUCGCAAUUUUGAGGAUAUGGAGCUUCUGUUUAUUCUAUGUCAUGGCUGAACUUUGGGGAAGUGUUGUUGUGUCCUUGCUCUUUUGGGGGUUUGCUAAUCAGAUUACUACUGUUGAUGAGGCGAAGCAAUUCUAUCCAUUAUUUGGACUCGGGGCAAAUGUUGCUCUUGUAUUCUCAGGUCGAACUGUUAAAUACUUUUCACAUCUGCGCAAGAAUCUGGGUCCUGGUGUCGAUGGUUGGGCCCUCUCUCUCAAAGGGAUGAUGGGCAUUGUUGUGUUGCUUGGGCUCGUGAUAUGUGCAAUCUACUGGGCAGUGAAUAAGUAUGUUGUGAAUGACCCCACUCUUCCCAAGGUAGAAGGUCGGAAGAAGAAGGACCUACCCAAGAUGGGAAUGAUGGAAAGUAUGAAGUUUCUUUUAUCUUCAAGGUAUGUGAGGGACCUUGCAACUUUAGUGGUUGCCUAUGGAAUCAGUAUCAACCUUGUUGAAGUUACUUGGAAAUCCAAGCUGAAAGCUCAGUUUCCAAGCCCAAAUGAAUACUCUGCAUUCAUGGGUGAUUUCUCAACCCUUACCGGAAUUGUGACAUUCACCAUGAUGUUGCUCAGUCGGGUCAUAUUUCGCAAAUACGGAUGGGGUGUCGCGGCGGCAAUCACGCCUUCAGUUUUACUUGCUACUGGAGUUGGAUUUUUCUCCCUUGUUUUAUUCAGUGAUCCCCUCACUCCAAUACUGGGAAAGCUUGGGUUAACUCCACUUCUUGCAGCAGUUUAUGUUGGAGCUCUACAAAACAUUUUCAGUAAGAGUGCCAAGUACAGCUUAUUUGAUCCUUGCAAGGAGAUGGCUUACAUCCCCUUGGAUGAAAAUACUAAGGUCAAAGGAAAAGCUGCGAUUGAUGUGGUUUGCAAUCCUCUAGGGAAGUCUGGGGGUGCUUUAAUCCAACAAUUUCUCAUUUUAACAUGUGGGUCACUGGCUAACUCAACGCCCUACCUUGGAGUCAUGCUACUGGCUAUAACUUUGGCCUGGUUAGGUGCUGCAAGGUCUUUGGAUAAACAAUUUACUCCCAUGGUUAAAGAGGACCUCAAAGAUAAACUCAUAAAGGGCAAAAUUUCUGCUGCUUCUCUAAGUCUCACUAGUAAGGUGCAACCAAAACAUGGAAUCACAUACAGGUUUGUGAGUACUUUGAACUCAAAGGGAUUUAUUGAAGGAAGAUAUGUGCCCUUGGUUGAGGUUGUUUCCUCAAGUGGUCAGCGAGAACAACUUACAGUCAGGGAGUUAGAGCUAGCCAAGGCAGAGAGAGAAACUGUUAGCCAAUCUGGGUCAGCUUUGGAAAAUGGUGGUGGGUUGGAGAGGGAAACAGUUGGUGUUAAUGAGGAAGCACCAAAAGGCAGUGGGGUCGAGAAAGAAACACUCAGCGCAAAAGAGGAAAUACCUUUUGAUUCUUCUCAGGAAAAUGGCGGUGGGUCAUCAUCAAAGGGAUCUCAAACUUAGAAUGGAUCAGCGUGAAACCAUUAUCUGAAGAUGAAGAAAAGUGGGUUUCGAAGUAAAGCCAUUUCUUAUCUACCAUAAGACUUGAAUAGCUUAUCACCAAAGAAGCUUCAUCAGAUAAUGGUGCUAUAUCAAUAAUGACGAUAAUGGUAAAUUGGCAACAAAGAUGGGAAAUGUGAUGCUGAUUAUCUUGAUGGUGCACUUUGGAAACCAGAGACUAGUCGUUCUGAGCUUAAACUGAUACUAAUCUUUUGAGGAAUAUGGUUUUCUGCAGAAUUUAGUCCAACUAAGAAUGUGCUGUCACAUCUUUUUGCGGUUAAGAAUAAGCCUUCGAAAAGUGGACUUUGCGAGUGUGGAGUUUUUUGGUGCUUCUGUUACGGUGAGAUUUUCUUCUACUAUAAGACAUUGCCUCUCUAAUCGGUGUGAUAUUGGGUGGUCUUAUGGUUUUGGUUUUCCUUGAAUUUCAAUUCUAAAUAAUGUGAUGACUUUUUGGCCCUUGUGACAUUCUCUCCCAAUCUCUUGAGUCCCGAUGGAAUCGAGAGGCGACACCACUGGUUUAUUAUAGAAGCCAGGUUUGGAAUUCCUUUUUACCAACAUUUAUUCUCAAAUCAAAACUAUCGUUAUUAGCAAU